UCGGGUGGACCUAGGCCUAAUCUCUGGGACAAGGAUGUUGGGUGCAAAGGGCAUGGCCGGCCCCAGUACCUCCCUCCGCCUUGAACAACGUGGAGUCAGCAGUGUCACAGUGAAUCCUCCCUUCUAUCAGGUGUUUUGGUGUGGGCCUAUUCCCUGUACCUGCUGCUGCCAUUAUAGGUGGCCUCCUCUCAGAGAGUCCACUUGCAGCCGCCUGUUCUACAUCCUCCUCCAUGUAGGGGCCUCAGCAAUCUGCUGCCUCCUGCUGUCACGGACAGUAGUGGAGAGAGUCUGGGGCAAAGCACAUGGGAUCCAGAUGCCCUCGGGGUUGUGUGCCCAUCUGUUUGGCCACUCUCACUGCCCAGUGCUCAGUGGCUCUGGGGCUGUGUACCGAGUAUGUGCAGGAACUGCCACCUUCCACCUGCUGCAGGCUGUGCUGCUAGUCCACCUCCACUCCCCUACUAGCCUGCGGGCACAGCUGCAUAAUAGCUUCUGGCUCCUCAAGCUGCUGUUCCUACUAGGUCUCUGUGCUGUUGCCUUCUGCAUCCCUGAUGAACAUCUCUUCCCAGCCUGGCAUUACAUUGGCAUCUGUGGAGGCUUCACAUUCAUCCUGCUGCAGUUGGUGCUUAUCACAGCCUUUGCCCAUUCCUGGAAUAAGAACUGGCAGACAGGUGCAGCACAAGACUGCCGCUGGUUCGUAGCCAUGCUGCUGGCCACCCUAGGAUUCUACAGCAUGGCGGCUGUGGCAGCAGUGCUCCUGUUCUGCCACUACACACACCCAGCUGGCUGCCUGCUCAACAAGAUGCUGCUUAGUCUGCACCUAUGUUUCUGUGGCCUCCUCUCCUUCCUCUCCAUCACUCCUUGCAUCCGCCUCAAGCAACCCCGCUCUGGCCUUCUACAAGCCUCUAUCAUCAGCUGUUAUAUCAUGUAUCUGACCUUCUCUGCACUGUCCAGCCGUCCUCCAGAGAAUGUAAUCCUUCAAGGACAGAAUCACACUCUGUGCCUGCCUGGCCUGAGUAAAAUGGAACCCCAAACACCAGAUACUUCUCUGGCAGUGCUGAGUGCAGGCAUCAUGUAUGCUUGUGUGCUUUUUGCUUGCAAUGAGGCUUCCUACCUGGCCGAGGUAUUUGGGCCCUUGUGGAUCGUCAAGGUUUACAGCUAUGAGUUCCAGAAGCCAUCACUCUGUUUCUGUUGCCCUGAAACAGUGGAGCCAGAGGAAGGGCAAAGGGGAGGAGAUGCCAGGCCAGCUGACCGUGAGACCUCUCUAGCUCCUCCAGCACAAGCCCAGCAUCUUUCCUACAGCUAUUCUGCCUUCCACUUCGUCUUCUUCCUUGCAUCACUCUAUGUCAUGGUUACCCUUACCAACUGGUUCAGCUAUGAGGGAGCAGAACUGGAAAAGACCUUCACCAAGGGCAGCUGGGCUACCUUCUGGGUCAAGGUUGCCUCAUGCUGGGCCUGUGUACUGCUCUAUCUGGGGCUGCUACUAACACCACUCUGUUGGUCCCCCACACAAGACCCCAAGCCUCCUCCUGUCUUCAGGCGACAAUGCCAUCGCAUCGUACUGCCAGAUAACAAAUAUCCAGUCUAGGUACUUUUAACAAACUGGGGUUCCCUUGAGGUUGUACCCAUAGUCUUGACUCAGGGGAACAGUCCAGCCCAGCAAAUGGACAGUUACCUCCCUUUAGACUGAAGUCAAUACUAUGUCUGAAUUGGAAAAAGUGGCCAUAUAUAUGCUAAUGCCCUGGGCAAGUAUCUGACUUACUAGAGCUACCAUUACAUCUUCACCCCAAUUCAAGAAUGUUUACUCCCAAGUCAGGAACUACUGCUGAUUCCAGCAGACAGUAUGGCACCAGCCCUUUCCUGGUUCACGUGAUGGAGAUGGGGGCAGGGAAAGACCAACAGGGACUGAAGACUUAACUUGGCUUUGCCCUGGGAGACAAAAGGAAACAUAAGCAAUUCAGCCCUGGGCACAGGAAUAUAAGAAGCCCAGAACCCCAGAGCAAACCAGGACACAGGAAGAAAGGAGCACAGAGACUACCCUAGGUUUUAAUCCUGAUCUUGAGGUCAAAGGAAGUGGGAAGACAAAAACCCUCACUGCAUGAGGAAUGACAGAAGAGAAUGUGAACACUUGAAAGCAGCUGACCGUGGGAAGUCUGUGAGCAGCAGGAUUUUGGGGCUAACUUUCAAGCAGGCGAACAAACUGAGGAAGAAUGAGGAAGAGGGACAUAAAGUUAGGUCUUGGAGCCUUCCUUAGGCCCUCAACUCCAUCCCUCGGAUGGUGUUUAAGGUCUGGGUGGGGGACAAAAAUCACGGAAAAGAAGUGGUUCUUAAAGGAUACUUCUACCAUAUACCUGGAGUACUUGUCAG